AUGUCGUGCUUGCUGCCCCAAUUCAGGUGCUCCCCUGAUGCUUUUGUUGCUAACCUUAAAUCCCACCAACAAUCUGCCGGCCAUAUCUCAAAGAGUAAAGCCCAUAUAUGUGUCAGACCACAAUGCGUCUUAUCAACCACAUCAACAGUAGGAAGAAGUACAGUCCUUGAAGUUGAGAAGCUACAAUUAUCUUCUUUAGAAGCAAAUUCAAGUUCUGUUUCUGAUGUUGCUUGGAAACCUUCACAAUGUCCAACCAUGGCACCAGUUCUUGAUAUGGAGAAGUUGGAAUUACUUUCUCUGGAACCUCAUUCAAAUUCAAGUACAGCAAAUCGAUCGUGGACACAUGCUGGCCCAGUUGAUUCAACUAUUAAGGCAAAUCUCGGAGCAGCCUUGGUUACUGAAUCCCUUAUUGCAAAUGAAGAGGCUGUUAUUGCAGCAGCAGCAGCAGAGGCAGUUGCAUUAGCUAAAGCAGCCCUUAAAGUUGCUAAGGAUGCAGCCACGAUGAUCAGUGGUGGCGACUUCACAGAAUUAGAUAAUCGAGCAGUGAAUACCCUGUUGGAAGCUAACUCUCUCCUGUCCUCAAGUGCUCAGCUUGAUCGACUUGAUAAAAGUGUGAUAGUCGAAAAUGAAACUGUUGAUGCUGAAACCGGGAUGGACAAGCAAUCAUUCUGGUUUCCCUUCACAGAAACUGGCGAUGUGGAGCCCUCCCAUGAAGAACUGGAAGUUCUAGAUAAACAACUGUUGAAUGAUGUGGCUGUAAGAUCAAAGCGUCAAAAAGAAAGAAAAGCCAAAAGAGAUAGAGCAGCAGAAAGAGCUUCAGCCAAUGUAGUAUCCUUGAAAUCUGGUCCUACAGGCAAGAAGAAGCGUCCGGCUUUACAGGAUGUUGAUUACUCUGAUCCAUUGCGCUACUUGAGAGGAACGACAACUGCUUCAAGGUUGCUUACUGCUUCUGAAGAACAAGUAUUAUCAGAAGGAAUUCAGGACCUGUUAAAGCUAGAAAGACUUCAGCAGGAACUAACACAACGCUGUGGGGCUCAGCCGUCGUUUACUCAAUGGGCUACUGCAGCUGGUAUUGAUCAAAGAACCUUGAGGAAGCGCAUAAAUUAUGGUAUCAUGUGCAAGGAUAAAAUGAUUAAAAGCAACAUACGGCUUGUUAUUUCAAUUGCCAAGAAAUAUCAGGGAUCUGGUAUGAAUCUCCAGGAUCUGGUCCAGGAAGGAUGCCGAGGCCUUGUACGAGGUGCAGAGAAGUUUGAUGCUUCAAAAGGUUUCAAGUUCUCAACCUAUGCCCAUUGGUGGAUAAAACAGGCCAUUAGGAAGUCCCUUUCUGAUCAGUCCAGGACAAUCAGAUUACCAUUUCACAUGGUUGAGGCAACUUAUAGAGUUAAGGAAGCAAAGAAGCAACUCUUUUCAGAGCAUGGUAGACAGCCUGAUGAUGAAGAAGUUGCUCAAGCAACUGGGCUGUCAAUGAAGAGGCUCUCUACUGUUAUGCUGACUCCCAAAGCUCCAAGAUCUCUUGAUCAGAAAAUUGGGAUGAACCAGAAUCUCAAACCUUCGGAAGUAAUUGCAGACCCUGAAGCCGAAUCAGCAGAAGAGUUGCUGAUGAAACAAUUCAUGAAACAGGACCUUGAGAAAGUUUUGGACACUCUGAAUCCAAGGGAGAAGAAGGUCAUCAGAUGGCGAUUCGGACUAGAUGACGGAAGGAUGAAGACGUUGCAAGAGAUUGGAGAGCUGAUGGGGGUAAGUAGGGAGAGAAUCCGGCAAAUGGAAUCGAGUGCAUUUCGGAAACUGAAGAACAAGCGGCGAACGAAGCAUUUGCAGCAGUACUUGCUACCAUAGUCAAGAAAGAUUCACCUCACAGAACCCGGUAUAUAUAUAUAUAAAAAAAGUUACUACUGAGCUUUUCUAGUUGUUACUUGCAGCUCAUUUUGUAUCUUUUAAGCUGUCCUUUUAGAUUCUUUUUCCUCUUCCUUUUCUCCUGCUAUAGAACUGAAGUCAUUCUUGUAAGACUAGACAAUUCAUACUUAAUGUACAGCACAUUCUUUUUGAGGCAAUAUCGGAUUUUUCAGGUACUUUAAUGUUACGAAUACACAUUUUUGAGUAGUUUAGAACUGAAUGUAACAGAUAAAUUCUUGUUAAUGAAGCCAUCUUUUUUUAUACUAUGAUAUAUCGUUGUUUUACCCGUGAAGAGAUUAUGUGGUCUUACCUGUCAAAAAUAAUUUUCUAUAUUAAGCG